GUACUCGGCGUUUGCUCAGGAACAGGAUGUUUGCAUUUGCAACAAAGCAAACGACUGCGGUGCCGCGCUUGCAAAACUCGUUUCUGAAAUCGAAUUGAAUUAGAAUAAAAGGGUUUUAAAUGAUGCCCAUUUCCUACCACCCUCACGACCGUUUGACGGAAGUAAAACCGGUUUAGACACUGAUUUUUUUUAGUGACAAAGAAGGAGAGUUGACAGAGGACGAGCUGUGCGAUGGAUGUUCCAUUCAUUUUUUUGAACCAGAGUCUGUGAUAAUCCGAUUCAGAGUGAUCUUCUUGCCAUUUUCGAACGAAAGUUCGUCUUCCUUUGUUAUUUUGAAUAUGAUAGGAAAAAGUGAGAAGGACGAAGAAAACAAUUCUAGCUCCAUUCGAAUCAAGCUGAUCACCGAAAAAAGACAAUUCCUGGAAGACACAUCUGCACAGGUACAAGAUGAAAUCAAAAGGUGUUUUAAGCGCUUGGUGGAUGUAUUAAAAUCCAGAGAAAUACAACUUUUGCGUCAAGUGGAUGCCAUUCACCGGCAACAACUUUCCGUCGUGCAGUCAAAUUUGGAACUCCAUUCUUCUAUACCUUCCCUUAUUGUGAACCUUAGUAGAGCACAAGAUCUAGAGAAAGAAGUAUCACAAUUCGGUAAAGUUGAAUUAUCGGAUAAUUGCAUUUUCAAUGAUGCAGAGCCAUACAAAGCCGAGGACUAUCAGGAAGCGAACAGUGAUCAUGUCAGUUUUGACAAAGAACUCCAGGCCGAAAAAACGGAAAAACCUUCCAGUGUAGAUCCAGCAAACCAGAGCAACGAAACGAAAGAAAAUAUUCUACCAAGCAGCUCCUGGGAUCUAAAUUCGACUGAGCUGUUAGAUAUUCAGUUAAUUGAUGAAGACUCAGACGAAUCGUCUUGGGUGAUAAAUUCGAUAACCAGUUUGCUAGAAACGAGUGAUUGCAGUCUCUACAGCAGAGAUACAGAAAAUUCAAUUAAAGAAAAUAUUUCCAUGAUAGAAGAAACAAAUUUCGUUCUACAAGAAAAUAAGACAACUGUUGAUCCUGACGAAAAGAAAGAAUUUUGUAGGAACCAUAACGUAUCAGCAGACGACUCGGAACAUCCGAAGCAGGUUCAGCAAUGGCUGCAGCAGAUUUUAAUCGAGACGGAAACGGAACCCACCGUACCUGAAAUAGAGCAAUUCUCGGAAAUCCCGAAGAGGGUUUACGUCAAUUUCCCAUUGGAAACUUAAAAGUCUGAAGAAGAGAGGAAUUGAUUCAACUUACACAUGUAUUUAAUUUAAGUGUCGCCAUUUUAGUUGUUCAAAUUUUUUAGCCGGGGCCAAGCUUCCAUCAAAGUGGAAUGUGAACCGAAAAGUCUGAUUUUUCUCAUCCCUAUUGUCUAUUCCUAAUAACUUAAACUGUAAUUUAUUUAUUCCAUAAGAGGUUUCAUAUGCGUUUACGAGCCAUGUACUUAUUUGCAUUCCGUACUUAUUUAUAUGUAUCGUAUAAAGAUGAACGUGAGAGUGAUUUGUAGUCUAUACAAGAGUUGGGGUGAAAAUAAAUAUUUAAGUAUCAACUCAA